AGUCUUUUCUAUCCAAAUGCUGCUGCAGCGAACGCUCGUCAGCGCGACUCGGCAGUGCACCACCACCGCCACCGCGACCCAGGCCAUGUCCCACAUGGCACUCGCACACACAUCGUCGUCGUCCUGCAUCUCGGCCUCAGCAGGCCCAUCGAGCCCGAGUCUCCUGAUUGUGCCAAAGGCGAGAUCUCUCUCGCAGCUUGCCGUCCUCCCUCGGCUCACCUCUGCCGCGGCCGCCUCAGCCACCGCCCCCAUCACCACCACCAAUGCAGUCACAGCAUCUGCACUGUACGGAGGCGGUCUUGCUGCACCCCGCCAUGUUCGCUACAUGGCCCGCAAGCGCCACUGGAAGGUCAAAGCCAAGGACAGAGCACCCCCUCCGCCACUACAAAUAACGCUGCCCGAUCUCACAGAGGCCCAGCUGGGCGAGGACGGCCAGGUGAUCAAGGUCAGCCUGAUUGUCGAGCGGUACCCCGUCAUUGUGCCGACGCCGCAUGCAAUUGAGAUCGCCAUGGUCGAGUUUGAUGAAAAGAUGCAGUCCGAGAAGAAUGGCCUGUCCGAGUACGAGUGGAACCAGUCCGACGGCCUCCCAGAUCCGCCGCGAGAGACCUACCCUCCUGGCUUUGAGCCUGCAAGCCGCACGACCGCCGCCGACGCUGCAAACGACACAACCUCGCUCAAGCGCAAGCUCGACCAGCACCUCUACCUGAUUGUCCGCAAGGACCGCAAAAACCACGCCUGGCAGUUCCCGCAGGGCAACCGGCUCUUGAACGAGUACCUGAUCCAGAGCACGCACCGUGUCUCGCGUCAGGCCAUUGGCAACAAUGCCGAGGUCCAGUGGUGGGGAUUUGGCCCAUGCGCCGCGAUUCAAUACAAGCUGCCGAGCAGCUACAAGCCCGCCUUUUUGCCAAAGCUGCGCAAGGAGCCAUGGCCCGCGUCCCCAGCGGAGCUUGCCGAGCGCGAGAUGAGCCGCCGAGAACACAUGAAUGAGGCCAGCUUGACCGCUCGCCGGGCAAAGGCGACUCCUCAGCAAGUUGAAGCAGCAAUUGCUGCUGCCGGCACCGCCUUUGACGCUGCCGAGGUCGCCAAGGCCAAGGCCAACGCUGGUCUGAAGGCAUCGGUGUUCUUCUUCCGCGGUCAGUUCCUCAAUGGCCCCGUGGUGGUCAACCCCAACAAGUACGUCGAGUUCAAGUGGCUGACAAAGUCAGAGCUGCGCGAGUACUUGUCACCACAGUGCUACGAAGCCGUGCAGGAUUCGUUGAUGUAACACCAUUAAACAUAAAGUCAACAAUGCGCGAGUACUUUUGUGAUUCUUCUUGGUUUCGUGUACAAUAACGCGCUUUCGGAU